UAGUAGUGUUGGCAAAUAAGGGACCAUAUGCUAUAUUUGUGGUUGCAAACUAUCCAUGUUUUUGAAUGCUUACUUUUUUCUUUCCCUUUAGCUAAAUCCACUUAUUCCAACCCCACUCGCCCCUCUCUCUCUGUUUGUACUCUGCUGCAAAGAAACGAUAAAAUAUGGAUAUGGUCAAAGUUGGUCCAGCGAAAGCACAAGGAUAUUGUGGAAACUUUUGGGACGAAAAGGGGCGAGGAGAAUUAGCCCAGCUUUUUGUUGCAUGCGAUGGUAUCGGAGUUUCUUCACUGCAGUUCUUGUUCUACGAGAAUAGCACAUUAGUGUUGUCAGACAAACAUGGUAGUGACGAUUGUAAUAAGUUCAAUGCAAUUGUCUUGGAUUAUCCGUCAGAGUUUCUUACUUCGAUCAGUGGUCAAUUCGUCAGUGGUCAAUUCGUCAAUGGUCAAUCCGGGUUGAUGACCAGAUUUAGUUAUUUGAAAACAAUAUCAUUUUACACCAACAAGGGUUCCUAUGGACCAUUUGGGAGUACUGCAACUGAUGGCAGCGACUUCUUCAACUUUGAGAUAGGAAAUUAUCGUUCUUUUUGUGGUUUUCACGGCACCGCACAUGGGUAUGGCAUUGGGAGUAUUGGAGUCUAUAUGAAGCCCAUCACAACCUCCAUGAUUCAUUUUAGAAAUCCUCUAGUAAAGGUUGAAAGUGAAGAAGAUCAAGAGGAGGUGUAACUCAAGCUGCAUCCCUCUUUUACAAAUUUCUGAAUGAUACAGGUCGUAUUAGUUUUCUCUAUUGCUUAUGGUUGUUUCUACUUUUCAUAUCAAUUUCAGUUGGUGUUACUUGUUAUGUGAGAAUAGUUUUCCUACUCUAAAAAUGAAUAUAAAGAAGAUGGCUAACGCCCUAUCCUCUA